AUGACGAGCCAACAAACUCAAAAGGCUCUCAUCGAUGGGCCAAAUGGCGAACCCCUUUUUAAAACCGAUUACCCCAUACCACCCUUACCGGCAGACUAUGUCCUUGCUAAAACCGCCUAUGUUGCCCUCAAUCCUACAGAUUGGAAAAAUCUCUCCACUGCACCGGGCGCACUGGCUGGCUGCGACUUCUCAGGGACGGUCGAAGAGGUCGGGUCUGCCGUCACUAAGAAAUUCACCAAGGGCGAGAAAAUCAUGGGUUUCAACCAUGGGUUUAACAGAGUGCGCCCAACCACGGGGUCAUUUGCGGAACAUGUAAUUACCAAGGGGGAUCUGCUGUUUCGAGUGCCUGAGUCGUUGCCCAUGGAUCAGGCUGCGACGAUGCCGGCGGGUUUGUAUACCGUCGGUCAGGGGCUGUAUCAGGGGAGCUUGCAAUUGUCGUGGCCAGAUGAUCCGGUGAAGGAAGCCGUGCCACUGCUAAUAUAUGGCGGUAGUUCGGCGACGGGGGCGUUGGCGAUUCAAUUUGCGAAGCUAUCUGGUUACACCGUCAUAACAACAUGCUCCCCUAGCAACUUCUCGUACGUCAAAGAGCUAGGGGCAAGAAUUGCCUUUGACUACCACGUCAAAGACGUCGGGAAGAAGAUCCGCGAAUACACAAACAACGACCUGCACCUGGCCUAUGACACCAUCGGCAGCGUCGAAACAGCUGCUGUGUGCAGCGACGCCCUCUCCUCCAGAUCGGGUGGCAAGUAUAUGGCAACUCUGCCUGUGCAGUCCAAACGGAAGGACGUUGAGAGUGACCUCCGUGUUGGGUAUACUGUGUUUAAUGAAUAUUUUGUGAUGGGUUCCACGUCAUUCCCCGCCAGUGUGGAGGACUAUGAGUUUGCGAAGCGGUUCGCGGGGGUUGCGGAGAAGCUGGUGUGGGAGGGGAAGGUAAGGGCGCAUCGGGUGCUGCUUAAAGAGGGUGGCUUUGAGUCCAUACCCGCUGGGUGGGAGUUAAUGAGGAAGAAUAAAGUUAGUGGGCAGAAGUUGGUGUAUGGGGUGUGA